UGGUGGAACCAGUUGGGCCGGUAUUGAAGAGGAAAGGAGGAGGUGGAGGGAGGGAGGAUUGGAUUCCAAUGCCUGUGGAACAGACAGACUGGACAGAGACUCACGAAGCUAUAGGAUUUCUCCUGUAGAAGUGGCCCAGACCCCAGUGAGACCACCUCAGACCCCAGGCCUCAGUGAGACCACCUCAGACCCCAGGCCUCAGACCCCAGGCCUCCACACACAGAUGGAACAUGACCAGAACAGUGACCAUCCACCCCCAUACUACUUAGCAGUAGUACCCACCCAGCCUCCUCCUCAGUAUGGAGAGGUGGUGGGAACAAGAGGGUGGUCUGACGCCCCCUCCCAACCUUACUACAUCAACCAGCCGAUGCCACAUGCAAAUGUCAUCCAUGUCUCUCAGAGUGCCCCCCCUCGUCGUAAGAAAAGCUUGUCGUGUGGGAACAGUUCCCACUGUUACAGAGGAUCAGGAGAAGCCACCCUACUGCUUGUCUUCCUCGCUAUUGCUCUCUGGCUGGGUGGUAACUGGACCAAUAACUUACAGAGAACCCAUACAGUACAACUAUGUGGACAUAAUGUAACAUCAUUUAACACAGACAUUUUGUAACAAUACAAUAUGUCAGAAUUUAUGACAGAAACAUCUAUUUCCAAAAUCAUAAAUUCCAUAUUAAGGGUAUGAUGUGAAUGUAAUAUACCUGGUAUGAUAUUGCAUUGUUUUGGUAUACUACCAUGGGGGCUUCCAUGGCUCUGGAUAUCCUCUGGCCUCUCUCUUUGACCUCUGACCUUUGACCUCUGUCCAGUAUGUUAUGGCCCAUCCCUGGUGUCUGGCUACCUAAGCAGCAGUGAAGCCUACCAGCCCAGCGAGAUGGAGAAAGACAGCUGUCCGUCCAACACUGUGGAGUGUGAUGGCCGACAGGAAUGCAAACUGGGCAGUGAUGAGACCUUGUUGUCAGUACUCCAAUAGCUAUCACCUAGUUUUUGUUGUCAGUAACAAAAACAGAAGGAUCCUUUCUGAAUCUGUAACGGAUUUGUAAUGUUCUGAGUGAUGCAUCUGUGUGAUCCAGUGAUGUUCUAAUUGAGGGAUGUAUCUGUGUGAUCCAGUGAUGUUCUAAUUGAGGGAUGUAUCUGUGUGAUCCAGUGAUGUUCUAAUUGAGGGAUGUAUCUGUGUGAUCCAGUGAUGUUCUAAUUGAGGGAUGUAUCUGUGUGAUCCAGUGAUGUUCUAAUUGAGGGAUGUAUCUGUGUGAUCCAGUGAGGUUCUAAUUGAGGGAUGUAUCUGUGUGAUCCAGUGAUGUUCUAAUUGAGGGAUGUAUCUGUGUGAUCCAGUGAGGUUGUAUCUGUGUGAUCCAGUGAGGUUGUAUCUGUGUGAUCCAGUGAGGUUGUAUCUGUGUGAUCCAGUGAGGUUGUAUCUGUGUGAUCCAGUGAGGUUCUAAUUGAGGGAUGUAUCUGUGUGAUCCACUGAUGUUCCAAUUGAGUGAUGUAACUGUGUAUUAUCCAGUAAGGUUCGGGUCGAACGGGGCUCUCCAGGUGAAGACAAACAGUGCUGGUAGCUUCCUCCCUGUAUGUUACAGUGGCUGGAACAAGGGCCUGGCUGACCAGACCUGUGCACAACUAGGCUUCAGAGAGAGUCAUAGCACUAGCAGUGUGAAAGAUGGGUCCUCUACCACUCUCACUGUGACAGGGCAGACCUGCAACACCAUCCAGGGAAAGGUGUUAGUAAAUAGCUCAUCUUGCCCCAACAAGGACACUGUAUCCCUGCAGUGUAUCAACUGUGGCCGGCAGCAGUCGUCCAGAAUCAUACGGGGCUCUGCAGCGAAUCUGGGUGAUUGGCCUCGGCAGGUCAGCCUCCACUUUCGGGGCUCUCACACCUGUGGAGGCACCCUGGUGGCUCCUGACUUUGUGGUGACAGCAGCCCACUGCUUCCCCAGGAAAGACUCAUCGUACCUGGUGCCUAAUAACUGGCGUUUGUACAUGGGCAUGGUUUCUCAGAUGAUGCUGCCUGUCCCUGAGAUGGUGGAGAAGAUCAUUGUCCAUGAGAGCUAUGAUGAUAACACCAACAACUAUGACAUUGCCCUGCUUAAACUCACACAUUACGUAGACUACUCCAGUGAGUUCACAGUCUACAAUGGCCAAGUCUCUCAGAACAUGUUGUGUGCUGGAGAUAUGAAGGGAAGCAAGGACUCCUGCCAGAGGGACAGUGGAGGUCCUCUGGUGUGUAAAGACUCAGACCAGCGCUGGUACCUGAUGGGGGUGACCAGCUGGGGGGUUGACUGUGGCAGGAGGAACAGGCCGGGGGUCUACAGUCGUGUUAGCCGGCUGCUGCCCUGGGUCUACAGUAAGAUGCAGCAAGCAAGACCGUGAUGUGAUCACAGCUGUUCUCAUCCAAGGAUGCUCAACAUGUCUUUUGGACCUGACAAUGAGACUGGUGUGAACCCUACAACACUGGCAGGGAAUGGAAGGCUUGCAAGAAAGGUUUUUAUAUGUGAUAUCUGCUGUCAUUGCACUGCUGUCAUCUUAACGUGCGUUGGAUCAUUGUUUCCCUGAAACAGUAUUGAGCAUAUCUAUAUUUGUGACAUAUUUUAUGAGGAAUGUAUUUUACUCACACUGGAACCUGUUAUAAAGCUAUAAACCUGUCUCAGGAUAUACUCCAGGUUCACAUGGACCUUACUGAUGCUACAGUGAACUGCACUUGCUGUUUUCUAUGGCUGAGAGUUGUGAAACUGAAAAAACUUUAUCAGGAAGAUUUUUCUAAUCGCUUUAACAUAACACGAAUUACCUUAUGGCACUGAUGAUUCCUUGAUUGUUUGUUGAUUGUUUCAACUUAUGUACACUUUUUGAUGUGAUGUGUGUGAAUUAUCGAUUCUGCUUUUCCAUGUCUAUCACUGUGUCAAUUGGAAUUAUAAUUUAUUUUGUCA